UGCUGUGAAGAUCGAAGUUGAUCCUUGGCCUAGCAGAUAAAGGUGUAUCGUUGCUUGAGUGCUCCCAAAACAAGUUGAGGUGUGAAAAGUGAAAACCAUGGAAAAGUUCACGAUGUUUUUGUUCAGCUCCAACACAAUCUAUCUGCUAGUGGCCUGCUUUUUGGUGACUCUGAUUAUGCUACUCUCGGAAGUGAGGCAGAAAAUGAACGUGAAAAGUGAUCUUGUGAAGCUAGUGAAGAGUUUUCUUUUCGGACAGUGGUGGUCAGUGGAUUCGAAGGCAGAUCAUAAUAACAAUAAGAACAGCAUCGGUUCGGAAGUGAAAGUGCUUCGGAAAGCUCCCGGUCCGAAGAGCUAUCCGAUCAUUGGAAAUUUGAAGGAAUUGGGUGGCUACGAUGUUCCGUAUAAGGCGUUCAGCGUGUUGGCGAAGAAGUUCGGGUCGGUUGUGAACCUUAAACUUGGCUUCGUAGAUGCGGUCGUAGUUAACGGAAUCGAACACAUCAAGGAAGUCUUGAUCAACAAGGCGCAGUACUUCGACAGCCGUCCGAAUUUCCGCCGUUAUCAGCUGCUCUUUUCCGGCAACAAGGAGAACUCACUUGCGUUCUGUGAUUGGUCUGAGGUCCAGAAGGCUCGUCGUGACAUGCUGGUGCCACACACUUUCCCACGUAAUUUUUCCAAUCGUUUCAACGAGCUGAACCAUUUCGUCAACGACGAGAUCCGCUUGGUAAUUGGCGAAUGCAACGUGGACAGAGUCAUCGAGAUCAAACCGAUCAUCAUGAACAUCUGCGCAAACGUCUUCUCGCAGUACUUUGCCAGUCAUCGCUUUGAACUGGACGAUCCAAAAUUCCAGAAGAUGGUAAAAAAUUUCGACCUGAUCUUCUACGAAGUGAACCAAGGUUACGCUGCGGAUUUCCUACCGUUCCUGCUGCCGUUGCACCGUAGCAACCUAAAUCGUAUGGAUCAGCUGGCCGAGGAAAUCCGUGAGAUCAUGUUGGACACGAUCAUCAAUGAUCGGUAUGAUAACUGGGUAGAAGGCAGCACCGAGAAUGACUACGUCGACAGCUUGAUCAAUCAUGUCAAGUCCAAGAUCGGUCCGGACAUGGAAUGGGAGACUGCAUUGUUCGCCUUGGAGGACAUCAUCGGCGGUCACUCGGCAGUAGCCAACUUCCUCGUCAAGACUUUCGGUUACAUCAUUCAACAUCCUGAAGUUCAGCAGAACAUCCAAGCAGAAGUUGAUCGGCUGUUGGAAGCGGAAGGCAAACACACCGUAGACCUGUCCGAUCGCAACCGCAUGCCGUACACCGAAGCUGUCAUCAUGGAGUCCCUUCGACUGAUCGCAUCACCCAUCGUACCGCACGUGGCCAACCAGGACAGUCAGAUUGGAGGUUUCGACGUACCCAAAGACACGCUGAUCUUUCUCAACAACUACGACUUGAGCAUGUCGGAGGACCUUUGGGAAACCCCCGGAAAGUUCGUCCCCGAACGUUUCCUGCAAAAUGGACGCCUCAUGAAGCCGGAUUUCUUCAUCCCCUUCGGUGCCGGCCGUCGGUCGUGCAUGGGCUACAAGAUGACGCAGCUGAUCAGCUUCUCCAUCAUCGCCAAUCUGCUAAGAUCGUACACAAUCACACCGCUUUCCGGGCAAUCCUACUUCGUUCCGGUGGGCUCGCUCGCAAUGCCGGAGAAGUCAUAUGAAUUUCAAAUCAACCUUCGACAUUGAAAUCCUCGUUCUUCUUCCUCUCACAAGAACCCGCACAAACACGCACACUCACGCAUC